CUGUCGCGAAAUGGGAACUCAGACUUGUUCCUGCUUGACUGGUCCUUGGAGUUUGGGAGGGGGAGAGACUUUCCCCAACUCUGCAGCCCUUCAAACUGAGGUCUGUGAGAGCUGGGAUCUUGGCCAGAUGCCUCUCUGCCCCUGGCUGAACCUCAAUCCCCCCAGCCCUCUAAACUGGGAGGCAUCCCUAUGCCAGAGUGAUUGUUCAGGGAGUGCUGGGGAGAACGAGGGGUUCCCUUUUCCCACAAACACAAACGCGUUUCUCAAAAUGGAGCCUCGCUUGCCCCUCCUUCUCUCUUGGGCUCCAAGAGCGGGAGCCCGGCUGGCUGGGCCUGGUUUUCCAGACGCCUGGCUCUCAAGACCCACUCCAUGUCCCUCUGGAUUUAGGGACCCUUGGCUCUGUGGCUUAAGUGACUCUGGUUCCCAAUAGGUCUGCCUCUGUCUCAUCGUGUCUUAGCCUCUCUGCCUCUGAGUCUUUGUCUCUUGUCUUUGGGUCUGUCUUUCUGAGUCUGACUACAGCCACCCUUUGCUCUGGUCACUCUGUGCUGUCUGAAAUGAGAAGUGCACACACAGUGCCUGCCGUUUCCCCCACUGUUCUUCCGUGCCCCGGAAUGGUGCCUGAGAGUGGGGAGGACAAGAGGGGGAACUUUAUCAGCUUUGCUCAGGGAUGGGAUUUAUGGGGUAGUCUCAGCCCCCACCCUUGCCCUGCCCUGCAGAGGGGCCUAUGAUUGCACCCUGCACCCAGCUCACCUCCUGCCUGGCUCCCAGCAAUUCCUCCCUCAUUCUGGUCUCCUUCGUGGUGGUUCUCAGUGUUGUAGUGCCUAUCCACUUGGGUGGGGGUAAAGAGGAUAGACUCAAUGGAGCACAGGCAAGAAAAGGGGAACAGAUUGGGCAAAGGAGUCAGAUAUUGUGAGUCUUACCUCUCCCCACCCCUCAAGAGGGUAAAAAAAAAUCAGGCUCCCACCCACCCAGGGACCCUGCAUGCCACUCAAGUCUCUACCUAUUCCUGCACUUGCUCACACUCCUACAGACUCCUUUUUACAUACUUGUAAAAAGUACACACUCACCUUCCUGUUCACAUAAUCAUGUAAGGUACACAUAGUAGUUUACACCUAAAUUUGCAUAUACAUAAAGGCACUGAUACAUCUAUCCAAACAUUUUCUCUGAUGUAAUCACAUUCAGACCCAAGUUCACUGACAUAUGCAUUUGCGUUUACCUCCACUAUAAUAUUGACCUCUUAUUCACUCACACACACACACUCUUAUAAGACACACUUAAGAAUUCACACAUACUUUCAUGUAUGUAUAGAAUGUUCUGGUACAUCUGCCCAAACACAUAUAUUCAUACCUCCUCGUGAUGUACUCACAUAUUUUCAUAUACAUGGACAGUGUUCAUUUUCAUGCUCCUGUACAUAUAGUCAUGCACAGAAAUAAAUAAAUAUGCACACUCCUACUCCCGUGAAGUUCUCUGUCCACUUCUUGGCCCUUGCUCUGCAUGAUGACUUCAGCAGAUGCCUAAGUCCUGGUCAUCAACAGUCUCAGUACUGGGAGGGAGUUCCGGGUGGAGGUUUUGCUAUCCCCUUCCAGGAAGGAGCAGGGCCUGGGGAGGUGGAGCCCUCUUGCUUGAGAUUCUGGCAAGGGAAUCUUGGAGCAGCUGCUAGAGGUGGUGGUGGGCUUCUGCAUGUAUCCCUGGGGCUUACUUUGGAGACCAGCUAAAGCUGGAAGGUUUCAUAGAGGUUAGCUGCAGGGCAGAGACUGUCCAGCCUCUUUGGAUCCUAACUAUGGAUUGUGGAGAAGCUGGGAGUUGUCAUAGAAGUAAGCAUGAGCUUGCCUCUACCUCUGAGAGGCAGGGGACCCCAGAGGGCUCCUUAAAAGCUGUGGGGUUCCUGUUUAUCCAGCUCCACCUUUGCCGCCUCUCUGUCUGAGAGAAACUGAGGCCCAGCAGGGGGAGGUUGGGCACUACCUGGCCUCAGCUGUUUGUUCCCUAAUUACCAUCUGAGUUGCUGAUUGCAUCCCUGAUGUUGCAGCCUAAACUGCCCUGUAAUGAGGUCACCUGUCCCAGGAGAGCAGGGACCUACCUGUGCUUGGAACUGGUGGAGAUGGCUCCACACCUCACCUGAGCCCUGACCUCUUAUAGGUUUGAGCUUGGGCCUGGAUCUCCAUUGCCAAAUGGCCCUAUGUAACCUCCCAGACCUCCCAUCCCUUCAUCUCUGCUUGGUGAAAUCAGUCAACCUGUUCAGACCAGAGUUGGGCAGUCGUCUGGCAUCUAGAGAAGACUGAGGUUGCCCUCGAGGCCCUUGGCCAGGCCUGAGCCUCUGCUGCCAUGGCCAUUGUGCACACUCUGCCAGUGCCACUGGAGCCAGCUCCUGAGGCCACAGCUGCCCCACAAGUUCCCACCAUGGGCAGCGUGAGCAGUCUUAUCUCUGGCCGGCCCUGCCCUGGGGGGCCAGCUCCUUCUCGCCACCACGGCCCCCCUGGGCCCACCUUCUUCCGCCAGCAGGAUGGGCUGCUACGGGGUGGCUAUGAGACACAGGAACCACUGUGCCCAGCUGUGCCCCCCAGGAAAAAUGUCCCCAGCACCAGCUUCACCUACAUCAAUGAGGAUUUCCGAACAGAAACACCCCCCAGCCCAAGCAGUGACAUUGAGGAUACACGAGAACAGCGGGCACGCAGUGCCCACCUCCGUGGUCCCCCACCAAAGCUCAUCCCUGUCUCUGGAAAGCUGGAGAAGAACAUGGAGAAAAUCCUGAUCCGCCCAACAGCCUUCAAGCCAGUGCUGCCCAAACCUCGAGGGGCUCCCUCCCUACCUAGCUUCCUGGGUUCUCGAGCCACAGGGUUGUCUGGGAGCCAAGGCAGCCUGACACAGCUGUUUGGGGGCCCUGCCUCCUCCUCCUCCUCUUCCUCCUCUUCCUCUGCUGCCGACAAGCCCCUGGCAUUGAGUGGCUGGGCCAGUGGCUGCCCCUCAGGGACUCUAUCUGACUCUGGCAGAAAUUCUUUGUCCAGCCUGCCUACCUAUAGCACCGGGGGUGCUGAACCAGUCACCACCUCCCCAGGCGGGCACCUACCCUCCCAUGGUUCUGGGCGGGGGGCAUUGCCUGGGCCAGCCCGAGGGGCCCCUACUGGGCCCUCCCACUCAGACAGUGGCCGGUCCUCCUCCAGCAAGAGCACAGGCUCUCUGGGGGGACGUGUGGCUGGGGGGCUCUUGGGUAGUGGUCCCAGGGCCUCCCCUGACAGUUCCUGUGGGGACCGCUCCCCUCCACCCCCACCCCCACCUCCCCCUUCGGAUGAGGCCCUGCUGCACUGUGUCCUGGAAGAAAAGCUCCGAGACCGAGACCGUGACCGUGAGGCAGAUCUGCAGCAACUGCGGGACAGUCUGGAUGAGAGCGAGGCCACCAUGUGCCAGGCAUUCGGGGAGCGGCAGCGACACUGGCCUCGAGAACGCGAGGCCCUGCGUGAGGACUGUACAGCCCAGGCGCAGCAGGCCGCACAGCGAGCCCAGCGCACCCAACAGCUGCUGCAGCUGCAGGUGUUCCAGCUGCAGCAAGAGAAGCGCCAGUUGCAGGAUGACUUUGCACAGCUGCUGCAGGAGCGUGAGCAGCUGGAGAGGCGCUGUGCCACCUUUGAGCGGGAGCAGCGGGAACUUGGACCACGGCUGGAGGAGACCAAGUGGGAGGUGUGCCAGAAGUCAGGCGAGAUCUCCCUGCUGAAGCAGCAACUGAAGGAGUCUCAGGCAGAGCUGGUACAGAAGGGCAGCGAGCUGGUGGCACUGCGGGUGGCACUGCGGGAGGCCCGGGCUGCUCUGCGGGUCAGUGAGGGCCGAGCCCGGGGCCUGCAGGAGGCAGCCCGAGCCCGGGAGUUGGAGCUGGAGACCUGCUCCCAGGAGCUACAGCGGCACCGCCAGGAGGCCGAGCGGCUCCGAGAGAAGGCCGGACAGUUGGACGCUGAGGCAGCUGGACUCCGGGAGCCCCCUGUACCACCUGCCACGACUGAUCCAUUCCUCCUGGCAGAGAGUGACGAGGCCAAGGUGCAGCGGGCAGCAGCUGGGGCAGGAGGCAGCCUGCGGGCCCAAGUGGAGCGGCUGCGGGUAGAGCUACAGCGAGAACGACGGCGAGGCGAAGAGCAGAGGGACAGCUUUGAGGGGGAGCGACUGGCCUGGCAGGCCGAGAAGGAGCAGGUGAUCCGCUACCAGAAGCAGCUGCAACACAACUACAUCCAGAUGUACCGGCGCAACCGGCAGUUGGAGCAGGAGCUGCAGCAGCUCAGCCUGGAGCUGGAGGCCCGUGAGCUCGCUGACCUGGGCCUGGCUGAGCCAGCACCUUGCAUCUGCCUGGAGGAGAUCACUGCCACUGAAAUCUAGGACUCCAGCUCCACAGUGAGCUUCACUGAAGGGGCCAGGAGCCACGGGUCCACUCAGACCCCAGGACCCAGUGAGCAUCCCCAAGUCUUAGGGUCUCAGAGCCGCUUGUCUUCCAGGGUACAGGCCUCUAGGCCUCUGCUAAGAACUUGGGUGUCCCUGACUUGGAGGAGCAAGAUCAGACCCCUUGAACGUCCCCCAUGUUCACUUUAUCCAGAGGCUCCUACUAUUCUGCCCAUCUCACUCCCCAGCUGCUGCCAGUGCCACCCCACCAGUUCUGUUUGUCCCAAAUGCUUGACAGCCCUUUCCAGCCGUCAGAGCUGGGAAGAGGAAGGGGCUUCCUCAUCUCCACAUUCUCCCCACCCCAAAGCCAGAGAGAGCCAGAUGGCACCAGCUGCUCCAGAUGUGCCUGCCCCCACUUUGGCCAUGUUGGGGGACAGGGCUGGAACUGGGGUCUGAUCCCCAUGUCCCAGCUCUGCAGCCUCCCUCCUGGGCUGAGGGGGCUGAAGUCAGACCAAAGGAAGAACUCAGAAAUGUCUUGUUUAUUUGUGUUUGUGACCAAGCAGCCCUUCCCAACACCCAGGUUUAUGGCCUUGUUUUCACUUGUAUAUUUUUCACACUGUAAAUUUCUUGUACAAACCCAAAGAAAAAAUUAAAAAAAAAAUUUUUUUUGGUUUUUAAAAAACAUGAAUAUGCUGGAUAAACGAGUGCUGGAGGAA